AUGGAGGCCGCCGGCACCCUCCCCAAUGCCUCCGGUAACGGCAGCCACGCCGGCAGCCCCCCGCACGGCCCGGCGGCCACGGGGCUCAUCCUGCUGGCCGUCCUCGCCGUCCUGCUGGCCACGCUGGUGGGCAACGCGCUGGUGGUGGCGGCCGUCUCCACCAGCCGGGCCCUGCGCGCCCCGCAGAACCUCUUCCUGGUGUCCCUGGCUUCGGCGGACAUCCUGGUGGCCGUCCUCAUCCUGCCCUUCUCGCUGGCCAACGAGGUGAUGGGCUACUGGUACUUCGGCAGCCUGUGGUGCAGCCUCUACCUGGCGCUGGACGUGCUGCUCUGCACGGCCUCCAUCGGGCACCUCUGCGCCAUCAGCCUCGACCGCUACUGGGCCGUCACCCGGGCGGCCCGGCUCAACCUGCGGCGCAGCCCCGGCCGCGUCAAGGGGAUGAUCGGGGCCGUGUGGGCCACGGCCGCCCUGGUGGCCCUGCCGCCCCUCUUCAAGGCCCGGCCGCGGGCGCGGGAGUGCGAGCUGAGCGACGAGACGUGGUACGUGCUGGCCUCCUGCGUCGCCUCCUUCUUCGCCCCCUGCCUUGUCAUGGUCACCGUCUACUGCCGCAUCUACCGCCUCACCACGCGCAGGAACGCCGCUGUCCUCGCCGCCCGCCGCGGCUCGGUGCCGUGCCCUGGGGAGGCGAGCAGGAGGGCGUCCUGGGCCGCGGCACCGGGCCGGCGGCGCCGGAGCCAGCACCACAGCGUGUCGCUGUGCCGGCGGCGGCUGGUGCGGGUGCGGGAGCGGCGCUUCACCAUCGUGCUGGCCGUGGUCAUCGGGGCCUUCGUGCUCUGCUGGUUCCCUUUCUUCUUCACCUACAGCCUGGAGGCCGUGUGCGGGGAGGGCUGCCGCGUCUCCAAGCCCCUCUUCAGUUUCUUCUUCUGGAUCGGCUACUGCAACAGCAGCCUCAACCCCGUCAUCUACACCGUCUUCAACAGGGAUUUCCGUGCCGCUUUCCGCAGGCUCCUGGCAGCCCCCGGCCGGCACGGCUCCUAG